AUUGGGACCGACCGACAAACCCCCUCAAUUUCCCUCAAUUAUCCCAACCAUCCCAUUCAACCACUCAUCUCCCUCACGCGCUCCCAUAAAAGCCCUACCCAAUAUAAGAAAAAAGAAAAGAAAAGAAAUAGCCGUUUUCCUCCCUUUUAUAUUCACAUACUUUUGUAUCUUUCUGUACAUUUUGGACAAAAAAACCAACCCAUUAACUGCUUACUGCUUACUGCUUACUGCUUACUACUACUACUGUCUCUUUCUUUCUUUCUUCUUCCAUAUUUUUUCCCUGUUCUUCUUUCUGAUAAUGUAAACCUAUUUUUCUUAGGAAAGUUUACAUCUUUUUUUUUUGGCCCGGAAAAGAAAUUGUAAUCAGCUCAAGAGUUCAAUUCAUGGCUUCUUUCAAGUUCAUCCCUUUUUCUUUUUUCUACAUUGCUUUGUUGCUGCUUGUGGGUUUUGCCUCUGCUGAGGAUCCAUUUGCUACCUACGAUUUAGUAGUCUCUUACAUUACUGCUUCACCUCUUGGUGUCCCUCAACAGGUCUGUGCUCUGGAUCUCUUUUUUUUUUGUCUUGGUUUUGCUUUUCCAAUUAUGUAAUGUAAUGUGGGGAUUUUGUUUUGCAUUUGUUGUUUCUUUAAUGUAGCCUCUCUGGUUUGCACUUUGCUGCUGCAUUUGCAGAAUUUUAUUACUUACUGGUUUAAGUGAAUGGUGGGAAUGUGAUACUUCAGUUGUGAUUCGUAGAUUAGCUUCAUAUUGUAGGAAGUUCUUUUUUUUUUUUUGAAUUCAGAUCUGGUGGAUAGUGUGAAAUGAGGGGAAUUUGAGCUAUGGUGAAAAAGUUUAUCAAUUUUUUUGCUGUCUCAAUGAGUUAAAGUUGGCUUAAAAGGAAGGAUUUUUAUGAGAUUCUAAAGGAAUGUUUUGCAUUGCUCUACUUUUGUAGGUAAUUGCUGUCAAUGGCAAAUUUCCAGGGCCUACAAUCAAUGUUACCACUAACUACAAUGUUGUUAUCAAUGUUAAAAACAAGUUAGAUGAAGAGCUCCUCAUGCAUUGGUCUGGCAUUUUUAUGCGGAAGAAUUCUUGGGAAGAUGGGGUGCUUGGCACGAACUGUCCAAUACCACCAAAGUGGAACUGGACUUACAAUUUUCAGGUUAAGGACCAGAUUGGUAGCUUCUAUUACUUCCCAUCCUUGCAUUUUCAAAAAGCCUCGGGUGGUUUCGGCCCAAUUAUUGUCAACAACAGGGCGAUUAUUCCCAUUCCAUUUGAUACCCCAUAUGGAGAUAUCACAAUUAUGAUUGGAGAUUGGUACACUCAGAACCACACGGCUCUAAGGAGAGCUCUGAAUUCGGGCAAGAGUCUGGGGAUGCCAGAUGGUGUUUUGAUCAAUGGGAAAGGACCUUAUAGGUACAAUGAAACACUUGUGCCGGAUGGCAUUGACCAUGAAACCAUUGAAGUUCAUCCAGGAAAAACCUACAGAAUUCGUGUUAGCAAUGUUGGAAUUUCAACCAGUUUGAACUUCAGGAUCCAAAAUCACAACCUGCUUCUGGCCGAGGCAGAGGGAUCUUACACAGUGCAACAGAACUACACGAGCUUGGACAUUCAUGCUGGACAAUCAUACUCCUUUUUGGUAACCAUGGAUCAGAAUGCAAGUAGUGACUAUUACAUAGUUGCAAGUGCCAGGCAAGUGAAUCAAACAACCUGGCAGAAAGUUACAGGUGUUGCAAUCUUACACUAUACGAACUCUAAGGGGAAAGCAUCUGGUCCUCUUCCAGACCCACCAAGUGAUGAAUUCGACAAAACCUUCUCAAUGAACCAGGCAAGAUCUAUCAGGUGGAAUGUAACUGCUAGUGGUGCUCGCCCAAAUCCUCAAGGUUCCUUUAGAUAUGGUUCAAUUAACGUGACUGAGAUUUAUGUUCUGAGAAAUGAACCACCAGUUACUAUCAAUGGCAAACGGCGUGCAACUCUAAAUGGGAUAUCAUUUGUUAAUCCUGAAACACCAAUCAGACUGGCUGACCAAUACAAAGUGAAGAAUGUAUAUAAGUUAGAUUUUCCUAACAAGCCGAUCACAGGACCACCCCGUAUGGAAACUUCAAUUAUCAAUGGCACUUAUAGAGGAUUUAUCGAGUUAAUUUUUCAGAACAACGACACGAAAAUGCAGACUUAUCAUUUAGAUGGAUAUAAUUUCUUUGUGGUUGGAAUGGAUUUUGGCGAGUGGUCUGAAAACAGUAGAGGAACAUACAACAAGUGGGAUGGAGUUGCUCGCACUACAGCUCAGGUGUACCCUGGAGCAUGGACUGCAGUUCUAGCAUCUCUUGACAGUGUUGGAGUUUGGAACCUUAGAGCAGAAAACCUUGAUUCAUGGUACCUUGGCCAAGAGACUUAUAUCAAAGUCGUAAAUCCAGAGGACAGCAGUAACAAAACAGAACUACCAAUGCCCGAUAACGUACUGUAUUGUGGUGCUCUUAAGAAGAUGCAAAAGCCACAAGAUAUAUCUUUUGCUGCACCGAUUAUGGGCAAUGGUUCACAACUCCUUUUCACUGUGCUGCUACUGCUAAUUACAUUGAUCUACAUACCGUCCCAUCAGUAGAGAAAGCUCUUGUGAUGCUUCAUUUUGUGCCGAUUGCGGGAGCUGAAUUUGUUUAGUGAGCUUAGAUGUGUAAUUUUAGUUCUGUUUAUAUUGAUGAAGUUUCUCAUUUUGACCUAUUAAUUUGUUCUUCGGGUUGUACUACAUUGCUCCCGGGAUGCCUGCCUUAAUUUAUUGGAACCAUCAUUCUUUUUAUGUAAUGGUUAUAUUUAUUAUUAAUUGAUGAUUGAUUCAUUUUGGAGUAUUUGAUUCACUUGGAUG